UGCAAAAAAUGAAAAUAAAAAUAAGGGAAAAUAUAUAGAUAAUAGCAUCCUUAAAAACACAAGAGAGAAAUUCCGUUCUCUUUCGUUACACGCAAUUUGACCGUGAGAGAGAGAAAGAAAAUAACAAAAUUCUUUUCCACACGAACAUAUUAAUUUAACACACAGACAACACUAGGGAAGAAAAAAGCAAAAAGAUAUACUGAAGGUAUUAAUAGAACUGGACACGAAAAGUAACGUUUCUAAGCACACGUUCUCGGACCCUCAGCCCAUGGGGAGGUGAUAUACAGGAAUUCUAUUAUACGGAGGUAUAGUUCAGCAACAGAUCUUGAAGCGAGAUGUUAAAAACAAUAGUUCUCGGUGCCUUUGUCCUGUCUUCGUCCUUCGCUUUUUGGUUGGGCCUCUUCAGACUAAGCUACCACCUCCUAGACAACUACUUUCAGAGGAAAAAAUGGCAAAUGUCACAUCACCACAUCAUGAACAUGUGCGAGGCGAUUGUUUCAGGCGCUCAGGCAAUAGCAUCAUCAGUGUGUGGUGUGGUGGUGGUGUUGUCAUGCUACCACGAUGUGAUGUGGGCUGUCCAUCCUUUGGCUUCGCAGUACGGCUUGGCAGCUUCAAGUUACUUUAUAUAUGAUACUGUUGCUAUGUAUGAGGUCUACUUAUCAAGCUUACCAGAAGUGCCUGAAACUUUCACCAAACGUGUGAAGGGAUUUGUCAAGAGGAGAACUUUACUUGUGCUGCAUCAUGUAGGAGUGUCUGCAUUUCUUUUUCCAGUGUUGGUGUAUCGGAGUGGUAUUGGUGACUUCUUUGUCGGAUGUUUCUUCUGUGUUGAGCUUAGUGGCCCCUUCACAAACAUGAGAGUUAUUCUUAGCAGACUUGGACUGAAAUAUUCAAGGUGGUACUUAGUCAACGGAAUCGCCAUGAUUUUGUCCUUUGCGCUGUGUCGAGUGGUGGUGUUUCCCUAUAUGUACCUAGCAUAUGGGGCACAGUAUGGCCUAAGCAUUUUCGAAGUUGUGAGGAAAAUUCCGCUUCACUGUAAUUUAGGCUGCCUUUUGGUUCUAAUACCUCAGUUGCAUUGGCUGAGGCUCAUGAUACUAGGAGCUCUUAAAAUGUUUUCUGGGAAAAAAUUGUCUGAAGCCGAAGAAAAAAUUGAUUAAACAUAAUGUAUGGUAAUGCAUUUUGCAGGUUAUGCUCUCUGUGUUUUUAGUAUGAAGCAUGCAAGUUAUUGAUUACUGCUAAAAAGGAGCUGUGAAAGAAAAUUCUCAUUGUAAUGAAAAUAUAAAAUUUUUAGUUUAUUAUUAUUUUUUUAUAUUAAAUUCAGAUCAUGUGUUUUGUUCUUUAUCAGUGAGAGCUUUGAAAAUAUCAGGUAUUAUUUAGACUAGUAUUCACAUAAUAACGUUCUACCUCAGUGUGUGCGUGUUGCAGAUUUGUCUUUAUUGUACAAGCUUGUAAAGUAGAUAAAAAAAACAGAACAAAUAUCGAAAUUUAUACUAUGUGAUUUAGGAGUUAAUAGCACAUUAUAACAAACACCAUUGAAUUAAACUGACAUAUUGAAAUUGUAUAUACUUUUGCAAAUUUAAUUUAUUAAACCUGGCAACUCAGUGUAUAAAAAUAUUUUUAUAAAACAUAAAAGUAUUUGUUAAUAACCUUUAUUUAGAAUGGCUGAAAACCAAUAGGUGUUAUAAGAUGAUUAUAUACUUAUAAACAUUUUUGUAAAUAAUUUGUAAAUAUACUACAUGUACAGAUUUUUAAAAAUAAUUUUAUUUGCCUUCCUUUAAUUUAGUAUUAUAGUAAACUAAU